UCCUCAAAAGGUAGUCCCCCUCUCACUUACAGAUGGUCAAAACAAAGCGGGAACAGGAUGUUGCCUCAUGGUGCCUUUGUUGACAGGACAGGAGGUGACUUGUAUUUAGAUAAAGUCACAGAGCAUGACUCUGGAAGCUAUCUCUGUACAGUCGAAAGCCUCGUGGGCGUGCAGGAUUGUGAGGUUAUCCUCAGUUUCACAGCACCGCCAACUGUGAACUAUAGACAUGUAGCAGUAGGAGUAGGUGUCACUGUGACUGUACUCAUCAUCAUCGCUAUCAUCGCAGCCACUUGCUACUGCAGAAAAAAGAAUGACGAGGAAUUCAGCAAUGAAACAUUGCAGGAUGAACUCCCUCCUCGUACAUGGCUUGCCAAAAAUCAUGAGAGUGUAGUGUCCUGGCCGUUAGAAAGCUGUCGGGGCAGUGCACAGGAACACUGGGUCGUUAUGCAGGAAAUCGACAGAUGGUUCCAGCCUGAGAAUGAAGAGAGUGAGUACGAAGUCAUGGCGGCGCUGAAGCCUCUGUGUCACUCACAGAAAGAGAAGUCAGAGGAGGCUGGAUCCAUUGCACACAGAGUGACGGUCCAUGCUGAAGCAAUGGAACACUGGGUCGUUAUGCAGGAAAUCGACAGAUGGUUCCAGCCUGAGAAUGAAGAGAGUGAGUACGAAGUCAUGGCGGCGCUGAAGCCUCUGUGUCACUCACAGAAAGAGAAGUCAGAGGAGGCUGGAUCCAUUGCACACAGAGUGACGGUCCAUGCUGAAGCAAUGCUGUGUCACUCACAGAAAGAGAAGUCAGAGGAGGCUGGAUCCAUUGCACACGGAGUGACGGUCCAUGAUGAAGCAAUGCACAAGCCCAUGAAGAAGGAUGUGUCAGAAACUGAUGUCUGCCACUCUGAUGGGGAGCGCCAAAUUCAGAGUACAAAUUUGAUGAUGCGCCAUGAGAAAGAUGAGGAGCUGUGUUUCUCACAGAAAGACAACUCAGAGUUUGGAUCCAGUGAACAUAAUGCAACAUCCAGGGGUGAAGCAGUGGAGCAGAAAGCAAAGUCAGAGAUUGGAUCCGGUGACAAUCAUGUGAUGGCCCAUGGUGAAGCAAUGCCAAAAGAAGAAUAAAGACCGAGUUACAAAGUAGGAUGAGGACAUCCAACUUUCAUGUUCUUUAGGAAGAGCAGAAUGUUCAUGAGGUUUUCUGUGUUUGAGGAAGAAAACAAGUUUUUGUGUAAAAUUCUUUAUUCAAUGUUCACAUAGAAUUGAGACAUUUUGAAUGUUUAUAUUUUCAGUGAAAAACACUGAGUUACAAAGGAAGGGGAGGACACCCUAAUGCCACAUUGUUUAGGAAGAGCAGAGUGCUCUUGAGGUCUACUGUGUUUCAGGAAGAAAACAAUGUGUUUGCUAAUAAUUCUAUAUUAGAUAUUCACAUAAAAUGGAGACAUUUUGAGUUUGUGUCUUCUCACUAUAAAAGACUGAGUUACAAAGGAAGGGGAGGACACCCUAAUGCCACAUUGUUUAGGAAGAGCAGAGUGCUCUUGAGGUCUAUUGUGUUUGAGGAAGAUAAAAAAUUGUUUAUGUAAAGUUCUUUAUUAAAUGUUCACAUAAAAUUGA